AUGCGCGGGCAGGCAACUUACGACGAGAGCCCUUGGGGCGGCCGCGGCAGCCACAAGACGGGCGACGACUACCCGGCGGCCCCAAACAUCGACCACACGCAGGAGCGCAUCCGCAAUGAUAUUGUGGAUUGGCUCAAGUACCUGAAGACCGUCGGCUUUGACGGCUGGCGCUUUGACUUUGUGCGCGGCUACGGGGGCAACUACGUCAAGGCUUACAUCGACGCCACGGUCCCCCAGAUGGCUUUUGGCGAGUACUGGGACACCUGCGAGGGGCAGGACAUCCUCAGUUAG